CCAUUCCUUCUCUGUGUCUCUCCAUCUACCCCUCUUUCUCCUCCCCCUCUCUCCUUCUUUCUCUCUGUGUUUUUCUCCAGAGACUUCUAGUUUUUAAACACCAAACUCUUCUUACCUACUGGCCCUCCACCCCACACGCACAACGAGAGAGAAGCACAGACGCCAUGUUUCCUCUCCGCGUACCCAUCUUGGCUGUGCUGGUCACACUGUCCCUUUGUCAGUAUUAUGACUAUGAUUACCAACCCGUUCCAGUGCUGGGGCCAUCAGGGCCCAACUGCAAUCAAGAGUGUGAUUGCCCAGUCAAUUUCCCCAGUGCCAUGUAUUGUGACAACCGCAAACUCAAAUUUGUUCCAAUAGUUCCAACAGGGAUCAAGUAUCUGUACCUCCAGAACAAUCUGAUAGAAGAGAUCAAGGCAGGAGUGUUUGAUAAUGUUACUGAUACACUGCGCUGGCUGAUACUUGACAAUAACCAGAUCACUAAUGCUAAAGUAUCAAAGGGCACAAUCGACAAACUCACAGCUCUGGAGAAGUUGUUCUUCAGCUACAACAACCUUAUAGAGCCAAUCAUUCCUCCCUCAAAGGCCCUUGAAGAGCUGAGACUUACAGACAACAAGCUGUCCAAGUUCCCCGCUGGGCUCUUGUCUGACAAGGAGAAUUUGACAUCCAUCCACCUUCAGCACAAUGAGCUAACCUCUGAUGCCAUCACAGGGGCUUUCAAAGGGCUGAAGAAGCUGCUGUCAUUGGAUGUAAGCUACAACAAGCUGAAGAAGCUGCCAGCUGGUGUCCCCAGUUCACUAGGAAUGCUCUAUGCUGACCACAAUGCCAUUGAAAGCAUUGGAGCAGGCUACCUAAACAAGCUGCCUGCACUUCAGUACUUGAGAGUCUCACACAACAAGCUGGUGGACUCAGGGAUCCCUGCUGGAGUGUUCAAUGUGACGUCACUGUUGGAGCUGGACCUCUCUUUCAACAAACUGCAGUCCAUCCCUGAGGUCAACGAACAGUUGGAGCAACUCUACCUUCAGGCAAAUGAAAUCACCAAGUUUGACCUGUCAAGCUUCUGCAAGUUCAUGGGACCCCUGAACUAUUCACGUCUCAAGCAUCUGCGUCUUGAUGGAAACAACAUCACACACAGCAGCAUGCCCCCUGAUUCUGUCAACUGCCUGCGCCAAGCCUCAGAUAUCAUGUUCGAGUAAGGACCAGAUCUUCUCUGCUACCAUAGCAAAGCUCCGCCCGUAAUCUUCUGGAUUUGAAUGUCACAGUAUCACGCCUUUCAUAGUACUGUCAUGUCUUUGCACUUCUGACACAGGUAUUAUGCAAUCUGGGACCAAUCUAAAGCUUGGCCAAAGUGAAAUAGAAGGCAUGCAUAUGCAUACAGAUUAAUACAUUCAACAAGCACUAAACAAGCAUUCCAAAUAACUGGUUAUCAGUAUUUGUAGAUACCAAUCAACUGUGUCAUUGUGGAAGAAACAUGAAAAGAGAAAAAUUAGAAUACAUACAAUACAAAAAUAUACAAAGUAAAUAAUCAACAGGUCCAUGAGAGCAAUAAUUAUUAUGUUUUGAUUAUAACACACACUAAACAUUCCAAACUUAUAUUUGAGUGCACUGAAUAAAGACACAAUGUAAUAAUGGUGAGAGCUCUCCAUUGUCUUAAUUCAGUCCUUGUGUCCUCUUUUUCCUUGUCUUGUAUGUUUUAGUGUCUAGCAUGUAUAAUAUAAUCAGGGGAUAUUAUUAUUAUUAUUAAUCCAUUGCUGUGCAAAGGACCAGCACAUAAGGACUGCAUACUUAGAUUUAGUGUGUAGAGUUUAAAAUAAAAUGGUGGGUGGGUGGGUGGGGCGUAAAAUAGCAGCUACGUUGCAGUCAUAUUUUCAUCAAAGUGGUUUUAGGGAAUAUAUCGUGUUGUGAACUUGUCUGCCAUUGUAUAUUGCAUACUUCAUAUUCAAACUUGGCUUGAUAGAAAUUUCAUGAUGUUCCAAUGAAUGACUUUAAAAAAAAAAAUUAAAAAAAAAACUGUAACCAAUAAGGAAUGUCUUUUUUCUCCUUGGAAAUAACUAGACAGUUCUUUAAACGAAUAACGUUAUGUUCAGAACACAUUGCUAUUAAAGCUGACAUGUUUUUCUCUGUUAAGUUGUAACCCUGAGAUGAUAGGAUGAUGUAUUCUAGAAAUCAUGUAGGAUUGUUUCUGUAUACUAAGCAAAUCCUAACUGUUUGCUGUCAUACACAUUGCUAAUUUGUAUGCAACAUUUUCAUUACUUGCAUUCACCAUUUAGUGCCGUUCUUUGAUAAUAAACUACAGCUUUUGCAGUUAAGGUGCUUUCAUUGCUAUGUUGUUGUGGCGAUUUAAUCCUGAUAAUUGUUUCUUACCAGCAUUACGUCAACUUGGCACCAGUCAUGUUGAUUGGAUGGUGUAACCAUUUUAUUAGAUUACUACAUCUGUCUAGUCAUUUUUUUUCCAUGACUUAUUUUGACACCUUUGACUUAGUAACUGUUCAUGGAUUUAUUGUGAGAAAAUUAAACACAGUUGAAUAAACUAUGUUUGAAAAUA